AUUGCGAUUAAAAACUAUUAUUCACUUGCAAUCCUAAGAAACCAACUGUCCGAGUAUGUCGAGUGUAGGUUAAGUUUAAUAAUUCACCUAUAAAUAAUUUAAAAUGAAUUUAAUAUUUCUUUUGAUGACAUCAAUUGUGGUCAUUAGAAUUUUCCAUGUGAAUGCAAUCAGUCCGUUUGUUUUAAAUAUUCACAAGAAAGCUGCAGAUGUCCUUGAUCAUCGGAUGGAAACUAUUAUCAAUUCUAGAUUAUCUCUGAAGCAGAAGUCGAGUGCAAGUUCAUGUCAUUCAUAUUAUUCAGAUUUAUUGCAAGCUAUCCUUAAAAUUUACGCAACGGAUCUUGAGCGAUGUUUAAAGAUCGAACACGAACAGUUUUUGGAAUUUUUCAAUGAAGGACAACUUGCUCGAGAGACUAUAACGAAGUCAUUGAAUACCAUUUGUGAUGUAGUGCUUGAAGGAUGUAAAGCCAUUUCCAAUAUUUUGGAAUUUUUUGACUGCGUAGAUAGAUCUGGCGCUGAAAGCAUUCGUGGCGUGUGGAAAGCCUCUAAGGACUCAUCGGAUAAUGCAGCUCCUAUAAGAAAAAAAAUUCAUGACAUUAAAUAUCAAACGGGAAGAUGCGCUAGUGAAGCUGAACGAGUGUUUAUUUCGGAAACAGCUUUGGCUACAGAAAAUAUGAUGAUUUGCUAUGCCGAAUCUGAAGAAAAAGAUCAAAUUGAAGAACUUGAAAAAAUGUUAAGAAAUCACAAUGAAUUUUAGAUAAUAUAAUUUUGUAUGCGUAAUAAAAUGCAACAUCAAUGAACCCAUGA